GGGGAGAGGAAAGUGUUUGACAGCACUCCAGGAGAGGGAAAGGAAAGAGAAAGCUAGGUUUGUGGGGAGUGUUGGGAGCAAGCAAUGCUGCUUUUGCUCUUGCCAGUGAUAGCAAAGUUCUUAAUGGAAGAUGAUUUCAAUCAAUACAGUCAGACAGAUGCUCUGUGUAAUGGAAUCAAACUGAAGAAGUGGUCUUCCUCUGAAUAUUGAUAUAAAAGGGGAGGGGGAAGCUUCAGGACUGGAAAAAUCAAGGAGCUCCACAUUUGUACCUGCCGAUGUUUAUCAAUAUAUUCCCCUCAUCAACAAACCGCAGAUGAACAGCCCAGGGAAGCCUGCUGUGUACUGAAGUGGGAUGGGAGGUUCACCACUAUUGAGACUGAGGCUGCCGGGAGGGGUCUGAGAAAUUGGGAAUUGCUCCGAAUCCCGAAUCCUGCCUCUGGAUCACUCGGAAACACUAGGAAGAGAUCAGGAUCUGUGGGAAUUUGAGGAGCAAAAGGUUGGUGAUCCCGGCAGACCAGCUACAGCCCGGAACAAGGGAUCCAGGGAGCCAAGAAGGAAAGAGAGAAAACAAGCUUGAGCAAAGCAUCAAUCUCAGUUGAACUGAAAGAAAUGUCAUCUUUGGUAAAAGAGGACUUGGAAAAGAAACUGUUCAAACCACUGUCACAGCAUCUCUAUGAAUUUAUUGAAAUUGAGUUCCCAGCCCAGGACAGGUACUACCUCUGUGUAUCAGUGACCAAAAGAGAAGAAGUAAAAAUAAUUAUCGUGAAACACUACAGAAUAGGUCUAGAUGAAAAAUAUGAAGUAACCAAAAAAUGGUCUUUGAAUGAUCUGGAGAUGAUUGAUGGAAAAGAAGCAGAUACUGAUAAUCCAUUUUUUGAUCUACAUUUCAAGAAAGUCUACCGUUUGGAAGCUUAUAGCUGUGCUUCUAAAUAUUCCUUUGCCCGAACCGUAAAUAAAUUGAAUCAUGCUUAUCUUAAAAAGGACCUACAAAUUGUGAACUUUGAUACUACCUAUAUAAAUGAUGAUUCAAUAUGGUCUUCCAACAACAAGGACUGUUUAGUCCUCAUGAGAAUAUGCUUCUAUGCUUUCAAUCUCUUAUGUCUCUCUCUCUGUCCCCUGCCACUUUGAUACCAUAUGUUGCUUUUAUUCACCAGCCUCCUAUUUUUAAAAAUCACAUUAACUAUUGUUAUUUAAGAGUUGAUCCCUUUCCCUUUAUUAGUAACUAUAUUUUUAUGAAAAGAAAAUGGAUUGAUUGAAUGAGAGCUCUAUUUACUCUUAACUACUCAGCAUUUUAUGUAUCUCUGUCUGCCUAUUUACUCCUUAGACACUUUUGAAAGAAACAAAUAAUGAUGAAUAAAAUUGUUUAUUGAAGAAUAAAUUAAUUAUUAAAGCGUAUGAAGGGUAUCAAGAUUUGUUUUCAGUUCAAUCUGUAGUUUGGUAUGAUGAAAAAUGAGGGCUGAUAAAAGUUUUCAAAAAAAGUAUCUUAUGUAAUUCUAAAAAAUAUUUAAAUGAAAUUUGCAUAGAAGUUGAAAAUAUACAGCCAAUAGGGGAUGCUGAGUAUUUAGCUGUAUGAGGGCUUUCGAUCCCACUCUAAUGAGGUAAAAGUGAAAAAUCUUUUCAAAUCCUGUCUUUCUCUUCCCAUUAGAUAGCAGAUCUUCUCUUGGUCUAUAAUUCUCCCCCAAACCCCUCACUUCAGAGACCGGCUUCCCCAGUAUGCCUUAUGUUCCAUACUAUACCUGAAUCUGAUUCAACAAAAUUUAUCCUUAAGGGAAUGAUCCUGAUCCAUGUGUAUCAUAAAUCUCUGCUAUUUGUGACUUUAUUAAAAGUUGUUUAAAACACCCGAACCACAAAAAUCUAUCAUGAUUGGCUCAGUGCAGCUAGAAAAGUCUAGCAUUCUAGAAGGAGGGCUAAUUUUCUCGCCUAUUCU